CAUGACGCCCAUAUUGAAAGUCCAACAAGGUUAUCUUAGAGGAAAGUUAUGUAAAGAUUUUUACGGUGGCACGUACUUAAGCUUCCAAGGGAUACCCUAUGCGAAACCUCCGAUUGGAAAUCUCAGGUUCAAGGCACCAGAGCCCCCGGAACCAUGGGACGGUGUUCGAGACUGUACAAGAGAGGGAAAUCCGCCCAUAUCCAGACAUGUCGUAACAAAAACGGUGAAUGGGUCUGAGGAUUGCCUUUUUCUCAACGUUUACACUCCUGAGUUAACAGAACCUAAAGCGGUGAUGUUCUACGUUUAUGGAGGUGCUUUCAUAAUGGGCGCGGGCGAUAAAGACUUGUACGGUCCUGACUUUCUAAUAAGUCAGAAUGUUGUAGUUGUAACGAUCAACUACCGUCUUGGACUGUUUGGGUUUCUCACCUUGAAAGACCCAACACUAGAAGUGCCUGGAAAUGCUGGCAUUAAAGACGUGGUCCAGGCAUUGGGAUGGGUGCAAAAGAAUAUUGCGCACUUUGGAGGUGAUCCCAAUAACGUUACGAUCUUUAGUGAAAGCGUCGGUGCUGUUUGCGCGCAUUACCUAAUGCUCUCGCCACAGGGAAAAGGGCUGUUCCAUAAAGUGAUCAUGCAAAGUGGUUGCGCACUGGGUACUAGAGGAACUGGACAGUGGUCCACUCCAUUAAUCAAAAAGGCACUCGAUCUAGAGGAAGUGAAUGACAGGGACAUUUUCAAUAUCCUAAACGAAAUGAGCGCUGAACGUAUUUUUCAACUGCAAGAGACGAUUCCAGACACGUACUUCCCUGACGUCCCCCGUCCGUUUGGAAUUGUACAAGAAGCUUACCAAACGAAACAGAUGAUCACGUCAGAAGAUCCUUUAGGCGUGUUGCAGUCUGGUGACUAUAAUUCUGUUCCAUUAAUGCUUGGGUAUGCGGCACGCGAGGGCUAUUUGGUCGACUUGCAUUACAAACAACAUAAGGCCAGUGCGAAUUUCGAGAGACAAAUACCUUUCCCCCUUAAAGUUCAAGAAGGUAGUCAGCUGUCGGAUUAUGUUGCAAAUGAGUUGAAAGAUUUCUACUUUGGAAAUGAUUUGGAACAACAGCGGUCGGAUGAUUUUUUCGUGUUCGUAGGUGAUAACCUGUUUGUACGCCCCAUUUACAAAUCCGCUAAAUUGCACUCGCUCACCUCCUCCACCCCAGUAUAUCUGUACAGAAUGUCGUUGGACGCGGAUUUAAACUUUUUUAAGGCAGCGUUUAACUGUAAACGAAAGGGAACCUCGCACGCCGACGAAUUGGGCUACCUAUUUACGCACAUGUUGACUCCAACGAUUCGUCCGCAUUCCAUUGAAGCAAAAGGCGUAGAAAUGUUUGUAAAGCUAUGGACCAACUUCGCCAAAUAUGGCGAUCCUAAUUCACCUGAGGAUCCAAUCGAGCGACCGCGUUGGAAGCCCGUGCAAAAUGGCGAAAUGCAUUUUGCUGAUUUGGGAGAAAACUUUACAACCGGAAUAAAUCCCGAAGGGUACCGUAUGUCAUUUUGGGACCGAUUAGAAGAAAAAAUCGCAAGCGGCGUAUUAUAGUCUGGCAGUUUUUUCUAUAAAACCAUUCUAAUAUUAAUUUUUUUAUUUCGAUAACACUAGCUCAAAUAAACACUUUUUAGAUAA